AGAGCACCUUUCGUAUUAACAUCCGAUAUGGCUUAUGUAAUAAACGGCGGUGAUAGACCGUCAGAAAAAUUCCACAAAUUCGUAGAUUUAUGUUGUCAAGCUUUUAACAUAAUAAGAAAUAAUGGAAACUUAUUUUUAUAUCUUUUUACAUUGAUGGCUUCGUCUGGAAUUAAAGGUGUAACCGCGGAGGCGGUCAAUAAUUUAAGUCAAGCUUUACUUCCUGGGUUAUCUAAUCCGGAAGCUGCUGCAUAUUUCGCACGGUUAAUUGAGAGUUCAUUAAAAUCAUGGUUUACACAAAUUAAUUUCUUUUUGCAUAAUUUGGCUCAAUUUAAAUUGUCAGGUGAACAAGAAGGUGGUGAAUUAUUAUCGUUUGUACCCAAGAAAUACAC